AUGACAGCUGAUCGUUUGGAUCACCUACUUACACAUGCACCGCUCCAGUCGAUUAUCCUGUUGGAGGAUAUUGAUGCCGCGGUACACAAUCGUGAACGGAUGCCGGCCAAUCCAGCUUACGAAGGAAUGCCUACUUUGACAUUGAGUGGACUUCUGAACGCGCUCGACGGUGUCACUUCAACGGACGGCCGUAUCAUCUUCAUGACCACAAAUUAUGUGGAUCGCCUAGAUGCAGCACUUAUUCGACCCGGUCGUGUAGACAUGCGCGUUCACAUCGAUCAUUGUAACAGAUUUCAGCUGGAGCGAAUGUUCUCCCGUUUCUAUCCGUCCUCGCCAACGGCUCCCACGAUAUCGAAAGUUGGGCCCGGUGAUAAUUUCUGUGGCCUCGGAGCGACCGACCUUUCCAGUCCCACGGACAAAUCACACCCGGUGCCUGAUGAUAUACAUCCUUUGGCUUCACAGUUCGCCGCGCAACUCGAAGGGGUCACAGUCAGUUCUGCACAAGUUCAGGGCUAUCUACUAUUGUAUAAAGACAAUCCUACCGGUGCCUUACAUAAUGUAGAUUUAUUAAAACAGGGCGGAACUAACGGGAAGCUUGUGCGCCCUGAAAAACAACCUCUAUCUAUUGUAUAG